AAUUGUUGUGAUAAACUUAUUAAAUAGUUAAGAUGUCAACUGAGCCAUUGAAUGUCUGUGUAACCGGUGCGGCCGGCCAGAUCGCGUACUCUUUGAUUUAUAUAGUCGCAAAAGGAGAGGUUUUCGGAAAAGAUCAGCCAAUCAAUCUUAUACUACUUGAUAUACAACCGAUGAUGGGUGUUCUCGAGGGUGUCGUGAUGGAAAUUCAAGACUGCGCGUUUCCCUUGGUGAAAGAUGUCGUGGCAACUGCUGAUCCUAUGGUCGGGUUCAAAGAUUGUGAUUCAGUUUUCAUGCUGGGAGCGAUGCCUCGAAGGGAAGGUAUGGAGAGGAAAGAUCUCUUAAAGGCAAACUGCAAGAUUUUUGAGGCCCAGGGAGCUGCCCUGGAUAAAGUUGCCAAGAAAACUGUCAAGGUUCUAGUAGUGGGCAACCCUGCCAACACCAACGCCCUGAUCUGCUCCACUUAUGCGCCCUCCAUCCCUAAGGAGAACAUCACAGCAAUGACACGGCUGGACCAAAACCGAGCGACAGGCCAGGUAGCGGCUAAAAUUGGCGUGACAUGUGACUCUGUCAAAAACAUGAUCAUCUGGGGCAACCACUCGGGAACCCAGUUCCCUGACGCCGCGCACGCCACGGCAACAGUCAACGGGGAGUCGAUGUCUGUCUACAAGGCAGUCAAUGACGACAACUACCUCAAAACUGACUUCGUAUCUACAAUUCAGCAGAGAGGAGCUGCGGUCAUUAAGGCUCGUAAGCUGAGCAGCGCCAUGUCGGCAGCUAAGGCGGCCUGUGAUCACAUGAGGGACUGGUGGAUGGGAACCCCUGAGGGCGAGUAUGUGUCCAUGGCCGUCUACUCUGCUAAGAACAGUUAUGGCAUUGAUGAGAACCUCAUGUUCAGUUUCCCAUGCACCGUCAAGGACAAGACUUGGACCAUUGUCAGCGGGCUGACGAACGACUUCACAGCUGAGAAGCUGAAGAUCACGGAAGAUGAGUUGAAAGGGGAACGUGAGAUGGCACUUGGAGCCAGUGUUUGACUUCGCGCUCAUCCCGACCCCAUAACUAGUUCUAACCCUACACCGAACAAAACUAUUAGCCGGCUGUGAAGGUUGUUACCAUUUUCAGUUCCUUCCAACAGUCAUCAAUUAAAUGCCUUGCGACUUCUAUUGAUUUGCAAAUUGAAUAAAACUCUAUAUACUUGGGUAACAUGGGUUUGAAAGAAUUUCCUGCACUUUAUAACCAAUGAUGAUGUUUGUACGGGUCUAGUACAUAGUUGUGCUGAUAUGUAUUGAAAUUUCAUUACACUGAUAAACUGAACUUAAAUUGUACAAAAAACUUAAUUUAAAUGCCUUUGAAAAUGCAUUUGAGUUGAAUUUACAUAUUGUAUUGA